CUCCCUCAGAUUCAGCUUAAGAUCACCAGCCAAUAUGAAGUUCUCCAGUUUUGCUAUUUGUAUCUGCUUGGUGAUCCCAGCAGUUCUCACUACUUCCCCAGAUCUACAACUGUCUGGAGGUGUGAAAGUGUCCAAGUCUGCGUUCCACUGUAAAGUGUUGGAGCACCACAGAAUGGACUGUUUCUGUUUGAGUGCCCAGUUCACCGUUAACAGCUGCCACUCCUUACUGGGUGAGGACAUCAUCAACUCCAACAAGUACAAAAUAGAUCACAUCAAGGGUUCAUUGUGUCGGAAUCACAGAAUGAAUUGUCGCAGCGGUGAGAAUACAAAGCAAUGCUGUAGAUCACUACUCUGCUACAGGAAUCUUGGGUGUCGUUAAAACCAC